AUGAAACAGACGGCUAUCGAUGCGUUAAAAAGAUUGAGGUCGUUCAAGAUCAAAUCGUCGGUUUGGGAUGACUUACCGUAUACCCGACGUGCAGCUGUGUUAGUAACUCUCUUCAGGAACAGUGGUGGAGAUUUAGGUUCUAUUCUCACGAUCCGUGCUAGUAGCCUUUCCACUUUCUCUGGCCAGGCAGCUUUACCAGGUGGUAAAGCCGAUGAUAUCAACGAAACGACGUACCAGGUUGCGAGAAGAGAAACCCAUGAGGAGAUAGGUUUAACGUCCGAUGACGAUGCCUUACGGUCUCAAGGGUACGCAAUGGACUAUUUAACGACUCUGCCGGCUUAUAUGUCGAGGAAUCUUCUUGCUGUUCAACCGUCUAUAGCAUAUUUACGGCCCAUCAAUGCUCCUAGUAUUGAUGACAUUUGCUCGGAACAUUACAACAAUAGAAUUUUCCCUCACGACUUUUAUUCGUCUUUCAACCAUAAGACAGAUCUUCCUGGAAUUAUAGACUCCCACGCAUUUUCUGAUAGCACAGAGGUUCAGGAGGUAUUUUCUGUCCCAGUAAACAAGUUUCUGUAUGAUAACCCAAAAUACUACACCGGCAAGCCUGUAGACUGGGGUGGAUUGACAUGGAAUCAGCAUUGGUUCAAGGUGAUUCGUCGUCAUAAAGCAAUUGGUGAAGUGGGUUGGUUAUCUGUAUGGGGACUUACAGCCAAUAUUCUCGUGGAUACUGCCAUUAUUGGAUACGACCAGCAACCUGCUAUGCCCCAUAGACAGAAAGGCCAGUUUGGCGACGAAGAGAUUUUGAGAGCACUGCAUGAACUGGGUAAACUGCCUGAAGAGAGGAACAAGAAAGCCGAUCUAAAUAUCCAAUUCAAAGAAGUUUUUGGCAAAGACUCACCUCUGCUCUCGUUACGGAGCAUGUGA